GGAUGAGUGAGAAAAAAACACUUCUGUAAAAGCCAACGACGUUCAGCACAAGACAAUAAGAGACAAGAAAGGUGGAGAGGACUAUUAAUCAUUUUUGUUACUCGGAAUAACUGUAUAUGACGAAACGGAAAGGAUUUGGGGGGGAAAGAGCAAAGUGGUGAGUUGGUGCGGUUGGAGAGGUCCAGAGCCAAGAUGGCCGUAUCUACUCAACUGGGCUUGCUUUUAUGGAAGAAUUUAACCUGUCGUCGAAGACAAACGCUCCAGUUGAUAAUUGAGAUCAUAUGGCCACUGUUCAUCUUCUUCAUCUUGAUAUCGGUUCGGCUCUACUACCCUCCUUAUGAACAACAUGAAUGCCACUUUCCAAACAAGGCCAUGCCAUCUGCAGGUACUCUGCCCUGGGUGCAGGGCAUCAUCUGCAAUGCCAACAACCCCUGCUUUCGUUACCCCACGCCAGGCGAGACACCCGGAGUGGUGGGCAACUUCAAUGACUCAAUCAUAUCACGACUCUUUAUUGAUGCCAAGAAGAUCCUCCUGUACAGCCAGAAUGACAAGAGUUUCGAAGGCUACAAGAGACUUGUCCAAGCCCUUAAGAAAUUGCAGCGCAACACUGCCGGUUUCAAGUUGAAGGACUUUCUCCGUGAUAAUGAGUCCUUGUCUGCGUUCCUGGAACACAAUGCGACUCUUCCAAGGCACGCAGUCCAUCAAAUUGUGGAGGCUGACGUUAACCUGGAAAAGGUCCUCAUCAAAGGCUUUGGUGUGCACCUGAAAGACCUGUGCAACAGCACGUCCCUGGAUGAGUUUGUGGUUAUUGCAGACAAGGAUGUGUCCCAGCUCACCCAGAAGAUCAUUUGCCAGUCCUCCCCAGAAUGGCUCAAUCGGGCAGAGAGACACUUUCUCUCAAAUCUGGACUUCCUAAAACCCAUCAGGAAGGAUGUGCGAUCUGACCCCAAGGUCGUCCAAGAUGUCUCCACCGCAACAGACAACCUACUUGAGAGCCUGGGCUCCUUAGCGGUGGAGUUGGCAAGCAUGAAGAGCUGGCGGGACUUGCGCACAGAGAUCGAGUACCUGACUGCCAACGCCACACGCUCCCCCAGUCACAUGUACCAAGCUGUGUCUCGUAUUGUGUGCGGCCACCCUGAAGGAGGUGGUCUGAAGAUUAAAUCCCUCAACUGGUAUGAAGACAACAACUACAAGGCCUUGUUUGGAAACUAUGGCAAUAGUAGUGAGGAUGAACCCGUGUCUGCCUAUGACAACUCAUCCACUCCCUAUUGUAACAAUAUGAUGAGGAACCUGGAGUCCAGUCCCAUCUCUCGUAUGAUCUGGAAGGCUUUGAAGCCCCUGCUGAUGGGGAAGAUCCUGUACACUCCAGACACCCCAGCGACUCAGAGGAUUAUUCAGGAGGUGAACAAGACAUUUCAGGAGCUGGGGGUGCUGCGUGACUUGGGCGGUAUGUGGGAUGAGUUCAGGCCAAAGCUAUGGGACUUUAUGGAAAACAGUGCAGAGAUGGAUCUGGUGCGGACCCUGCUGCAGAACAAUGCCAGCGCCUUUUUCUUGAAUGCUAAGCUGAGUGGGACGGAGUACAAGGUGAAAGAUAUCUCCAGUUUCCUCACUAAAGCCACAGAGGACAAACGUCCCCCAGGGACUGCCUUCACGUGGAGGGAUGUGUUCAAUGAGACGGACCAGGCUAUACACACAAUCUCCCGCUUUAUGGAGUGUGUAAACUUGGACAAAUUGGAGCCAGUGGCCAACGAGGAGCGUCUGGUGAACAAGUCAAUGCGUCUUCUGGAUGACCGCAAGUUCUGGGCAGGAAUUGUGUUCCCCGACAUGCAGGCGAACAGCUCUGACCUUCCUUCCAAUGUCAGCUACAAGAUCCGCAUGGAUAUUGACAAUGUGGAGCGCACCAACAAGAUUAAAGACGGGUAUUGGGAUCCUGGUCCCAGAGCUGACCCUUUUGAAGACCUGCGUUACAUCUGGGGCGGCUUCUCCUACCUGCAGGACAUCAUUGAGAACGGCAUCAUGCGAGCUCUCACGGGCAACAAGGAGAAAACUGGAGUCUACAUUCAGCAGAUGCCUUACCCUUGCUACGUGGAUGACAUCUUCCUGCGUGUGAUGAGCCGCUCCAUGCCCCUGUUCAUGACCCUGGCCUGGAUGUACUCGGUGGCCAUCAUCAUCAAGGGCGUGGUGUACGAGAAGGAGGCGCGGCUCAAGGAGACCAUGAGGAUCAUGGGCCUGAAUAACGGCACCCUGUGGCUCAGCUGGUUCAUCAGCAGUCUCAUCCCCCUGCUCAUCAGCGCUGGCCUACUGGUACUCAUUCUCAAGAUGGGGAACCUCCUGCCCUACAGUGACCCGGGGGUUGUCUACCUGUUUCUGGCUUCGUUCGCCGUGGUGACCAUCAUGCAGUGCUUCCUGAUCAGCACGCUGUUCUCCCGUGCCAACCUGGCCGCUGCCUGUGGGGGCAUCAUCUACUUCACGCUCUACCUGCCCUAUGUGCUCUGUGUGGCCUGGCAAGACUACGUGGGAUUUGGGGCCAAGGUUUUUGCGAGCCUGCUGUCUCCUGUGGCCUUUGGGUUCGGCUGUGAGUACUUUGCGCUGUUCGAGGAGCAAGGGGUUGGUAUCCAGUGGAGCAACCUGCUGGCCAGCCCCAUGGAGGAGGACCACUACAGCCUCACCACCUCCAUCAGCCUCAUGCUGUUCGACGCCCUGCUCUACGCCGCCAUGACCUGGUACAUCGAGUCCGUCUUUCCAGGUCAGUACGGCAUCCCCAGGCCAUGGUAUUUCCCAUUCACUAAGACCUACUGGUGUGGGGAGAAGUGUGCAGGAACAUCUAGCUGCUCGGAUAAGAAGAGUAAUGCUGAAGCUGUGUGCAUUGAGGAAGAGCCAACCCACCUGGUCCGUGGUGUCUACAUUGACAAUCUGGUGAAGGUCUACAGCCAUGGGAAAAAGUUGGCAGUGGAUGGCUUAACACUUGGUUUCUACGAGGAUCAGAUCACUUCAUUUUUGGGCCACAAUGGAGCCGGAAAGACCACUACCAUGUCAAUCCUUACAGGCCUGUUCCCACCAACAUCAGGCACUGCGUACAUCUUGGGCAAGGACAUCCAAUCAGAGCUCAGUACCAUUCGUCAGAACCUGGGAGUCUGUCCACAGCACAACGUCUUAUUCAGCAUGCUGACAGUGGAGGAGCAUAUUUGGUUUUACGCUCGACUGAAGGGUCUGUCUGAGGAAAAGGUCAAGGCGGAGAUGGAGCAGAUCAUUAUGGACGUUGGCCUGCCACACAAGCGCAAGUCCCGCACUAGCCAGCUCUCCGGAGGGAUGCAGAGAAAGCUGUCUGUAGCUCUGGCGUUUGUUGGAGGAUCCAGAGUGGUUAUUUUGGAUGAACCCACUGCUGGAGUUGAUCCCUAUGCACGUAGAGGCAUUUGGGACCUUCUGCUGAAGUAUCGUCAAGGCCGAACCAUCCUGCUGUCCACCCACCACAUGGAUGAGGCAGACAUCUUGGGAGAUCGCAUUGCCAUCAUCUCUCACGGCAAGCUGUGCUGCGUGGGCUCCUCCCUCUUCCUGAAGACCCAGCUGGGGACGGGCUACUACCUGACCAUGGUCAAGAGAGACUUCGACCCCUCCCUCGUCUCCUGCAGGAGCUCCAGCAGCACAGUCUCCUACUCCAAGAAGGACGACAGUGUCUCAGAAAGCAGCUCUGAUGCUGGUUUGGGGAGUGACCAUGAAAGUGAAACCACAACUAUCGAUGUCUCGCUCAUCUCUAACGUGAUCUUCAAGCAUGUUCCAUCUGCUCGCAUGGUGGAGGAUCUGGGUCACGAGCUGACAUACGUCUUGCCCUAUGAGUCGGCUAAGGCCGGGGCAUUUGUGGAGCUUUUCCAUGAGAUUGAUGACCGCCUGACUGACCUCGGCAUUUCCAGCUAUGGCAUCUCUGACACCACCCUGGAAGAGAUUUUCCUGAAAGUGGCUGAGGACAGUGGAGUAGAUGCUGACCUUUCAGAUGGCACCAUUCCAACACGGAGAAACCGUAGGCACGCGUUCGGCGACCACCAGAGCUGUCUGAGGCCCUUCACUGAGGACGACUUUGACUUCAAUGACUCAGAAGGUGAUCCAGAAUCUCGUGAGACUGACUGGCUAGGUGGUGCUGAUGGUAAGGGCUCAUACCAGGUCAAGGGCUGGAGCCUGAAGAGACAACAGUUUGUGGCUCUGCUGUGGAAGAGACUUCUUUAUGCACGCCGCUCAAGGAAAGGCUUCUUUGCUCAGAUUGUGUUGCCUGCUGUGUUUGUCUGUAUUGCUCUGGUCUUCAGCCUCAUUGUCCCUCCAUUUGGAAAGUACCCUAGUUUGCAACUGGAACCAAGCAUGUACGAGGAACAGUUUACCUUUGUCAGCAAUGAUGCUCCAGAAGAUGCUCAUACCAACAACUUACUGAACGCAUUGACUGAUGGCUAUGGCAUUGGGCAGCAUUGUGCUGAAGGAGAUCUGGAUGACGCCUCUUGUGGCAUCACUGAUGAGGCCUGGACAAUUCCUGAGAUUCCUGUCUCUGUGAGUGAAAUGUUUUUGAGUGGAAACUGGACGAUGGAGAACCCAUCACCCUUGUGCGAAUGCAGCUGUGAGGGAAAGAAGAAGAUGCUUCCGGAAUGUCCGCCUGGAGCUGGUGGUCUGCCACCACCACAGGUAUUGGUGAGCGACACAGCCACUCUCCAGAAUCUGUCGGGCAGAAACAUAUCGGACUACCUUGUGAAAACCUAUGCUCAAAUCAUUGGGAAGAGCCUGAAGAAUAAACUCUGGGUCAAUGAAUUCAGGUAUGGAGGGUUCUCCCUUGGUGCCAGGUCCUCUCAGGCCGUACCUCCUCCUGACCAGAUACAUGACGCCAUCUCUCACCUCAAGACCCAAUUUAGCCUGAAAAAGGGGACUGCAUCUGACCGCUUCCUUCGUAGUCUUGCUAGCUUCAUCAAAGGCCUCGACACAAAGAACAAUGUCAAGAUUUGGUUCAACAACAAAGGUUGGCAUAGUAUUGGGUCCUUUUUGAAUGUGAUGAACAAUGCCAUCCUACGCUCCAGCAUGAAGGAAGAGGACCGUGGAAAGUUCAGCAUCAAUGCCUUCAACCAUCCGCUCAAUCUCACUAAGGAGCAGCUCUCGCAGGUGGCACUGAUGACCACUUCCGUGGAUGUGCUGGUGUCCAUCUGUGUGAUCUUCGCCAUGUCCUUCGUGCCGGCCAGCUUUGUGGUCUUCCUCAUCCAGGAGCGCGUCAGCAAGGCCAAACACAUGCAGUUCAUCAGCGGAGUGCAGCCCUUCCUCUACUGGCUGGCCAACUUCGUCUGGGAUAUGUGCAAUUACAUUGUCCCGGCAACUCUGGUCAUUAUCAUCUUCGUCUGCUUCCAACAAGAGGCGUACGUCUCCUCCACCAACCUGCCGGUGCUGGCUCUGCUGCUUCUGCUCUAUGGAUGGUCCAUCACACCCUUGAUGUACCCAGCCUCAUUCUUCUUCAAGAUCCCCAGCACAGCCUAUGUGGUCCUCACCAGUGUCAACAUCCUCAUUGGGAUCAACGGCAGCGUCUCCACCUUCGUCCUGGAGCUGUUUGGCAGUAAUGAAAUUGGUGGAAUUAAUGACAUACUGAAGAACGUGUUCCUGAUCUUCCCCCACUUCUGUUUGGGCCGUGGCCUUAUCGACAUGGUAAAGAACCAGGCUAUGGCAGACGCCCUGGAAAGAUUUGGAGAGAACAGGUUCCGGUCCCCGCUGGCCUGGGACAUGGUAGGCAAGAACCUGUUUGCCAUGGCUGUGGAGGGAGUGGUGUUCUUCUGCAUCACCGUGCUCAUCCAGUACCGCUUCUGCAUCAAGGCCAGGCCCGUCAAAGCACACCUGAAGCCCAUCGGGGAGGAGGAUGAGGAUGUGGCGAGAGAGCGUCAGAGGAUCCUGACUGGAGCAGGACAGCCGGACAUCCUGGAGCUCAAACAGCUCACCAAGAUUUACAAGAGGAAACAGAAGCCAGCAGUUGACCGCCUCUGUGUAGGCAUCCCCCCAGGAGAGUGUUUUGGCCUGCUGGGAGUCAAUGGAGCUGGGAAGACAAGCACCUUCAAGAUGCUGACGGGAGAUUCCAUAGUGACCAGUGGAGAAGCUUACCUUAAUGGGAAAAGUGUGCUCACAGAGAUUGAUGAGGUGCAUCAGAAUAUGGGCUACUGCCCCCAGUUUGAUGCCAUCAAUGACCUCCUUACUGGAAGGGAACAUUUGGAGUUCUAUGCCAUUCUUCGAGGUGUACCUGAAAAGGAAGUGUGUGAGGUGGCAGAUUGGGGGAUUCGAAAGUUGGGCCUGGUAAAGUACAUGGACAAAGCGGCAGGGAGUUACAGUGGAGGAAACAUGCGCAAGCUGUCCACUGCCAUGGCUUUGAUUGGAUGUCCUCCUGUGGUGUUCCUUGACGAGCCGACGACGGGCAUGGACCCCAAGGCUCGCCGGGCCCUCUGGAACUGCAUCCUCAGCAUCAUUAAGGAGGGACGCUCUGUGGUGCUCACCUCACACAGUAUGGAAGAAUGUGAGGCCCUGUGCACAAGAAUGGCCAUUAUGGUCAAUGGAAGGUUCCGGUGCCUGGGAAGUGUGCAGCACUUAAAGAACAGAUUUGGAGAUGGUUACACCAUCAUCCUCAGGGUGCAGGGCCCUGACCCAGACCUGAGCCGCGUGAUGGAGUUUAUUGAGCGUGAGCUGCCGGGCAGCACCCUCAAGGAGAAGCACAGGAACAUGCUACAGUACCAGCUGCCCUCCUCACACACCUCCCUGGCACGCAUCUUCAGCCUGCUCUCCAACCACAAAGAGUUGCUUCGCAUAGAGGACUACUCAGUCACACAGACAACACUAGACCAAGUAUUUGUGAACUUUGCCAAGGACCAAAGUGAUGAGGACCACUCAAAAGACAUUUCCAAGAGGGAUGCAGUCGUGGACUUGUCCCAGCUCACUGCCUUCCUGGAGGACGAUAAAGCCAAGGAGAGCUGUGUGUGACAGACAUAGCGUUCUCUCAUGGAAUGGACUGUCAAGUGUUAUUUUUUUCUACUUUUACCUUUUUUGCUUUCAGUUUUUGUAGUUUUUUAAAUGAUUUUCAGUCACAUGUGCAGACUGAAUCGAACUGGCACACAGUGCUCAAUGCAAAUCAAUGCAAAAAGAAAGAAAGAGAAUGGAAAGAAACCCACUAUGUUGUUAAGCAAGGGUGAGCCUGGUGCCCCUUGCUGGACUGAAACAACAAGCGUCUGACUUGAAGCCAUUUGGGCCCUCUUCCUCAGUGAAGUCCUGCUUUUGGAGGAAGACUUCGGCUUAAAUGAUCAGCGGUUUCCAGGAUGUGUAUAAAUUCAACCACUGCCAUCAACCAACAUGUGAUUCAGGGUUAAGUCGCAUCUUUAUACCAAGUUUAUGAAUUUCAUAUAACGAAGUUGAAUUCCCAGCAGCAGCAGUCUAUCAAUCUAGUUCCUUUGUAAUAUUUUUGAGGAAAAAUAAUGUAACAUGAAUAUCUCAAUAUUGUUAUCGUCUGUUGAUGUCAUGUGCAGUACCAGAACAAGUUGGAUGAGGAUCUAACACUCCACUGAGAGGCCAAUGAAGGAGCAGCCUUUUGACUGGAUGUUGUAAAGGCAAUGUUACUGGUUGUUCAAUUUAGCCAAGAUAUUGCUGGAGAUAUGGUGCUCAUUUAGACUUAGUGACUAUUUAAAGCACAUGUUUUCCACAAUCAUUUUUUAAAGCGAAGUUUCUGUUGGAUGUGACAGGCCAAUUAGAACAUAGGCCUACUGAUGCUUGAUUGGCUAGCUAGAUGGAGUUUUGGAAUAUAUUGCAUGCUUUAUGUUGGUCACAUAUUAUACCAUAUAUGUGUACCAAAGCAUGUACUCUGUUCUGUUCAAAGGGGUGUCAUAACAACAUUUUUUUUUUGCCUCAAAUGCCUGUAAACUUUCAAGAUCCAUUUAUAUAACUAUUUCUUGAGACUCUCAACAGAAUUUCUUGAUUUGUUUCUCAUCAUUUGUAGAUUUUCAAAAAAAGGAAAAAGGUGGUCAGAAUAAGGAAACUACUUCUAAGGACGUGUCAGUGUUAAUCUAGCAGUAACAGUGUAGUGCCAAAAUGAUUAAAAGUAGAUGGUAAGCAGAGAGUUUUAUGUUGGCAUCCUCUAAAGGUGAUCAAACAUGGUAUUGGUGUGGCAUCUCCUGUACUCUUAUAAUCGGUGUGAAAUUGUGCUUUUUCUAUCGUGCAGUACUGUACAACAUGUUUCUGGUGGACUGGGCAACAAGGCUUUUUAUUGUUGUUGCUACUGUGACUGAUUUUCCAACUGAAACCAUGUAACUAGUUAAAGCCUAUUGAUUUAAUCCCCGGCACCACAGACACCGGUGAAUGUGCCCCAAAAUGACCAAAACUAAGCAAAGUGCCAUCAACUGUUAUGUUCUACAGAUCCUUUGAAAUGUGUCAAGACAACUAGAUUCACAGUAGAUGAUUUGCAAAAAAAAGAAGAAAAAAAGCAUUAGUGAAUUCAUCUGUCACUGUGUGGCGAGAGAAUGAGUGUCAUUUGGUCCAAUGUUAAAGCACUUUAUUGCAGUCUUUGUUGCCAUGGUUUUAGCUCUGGAGUUUUUUUUCCUGCAAUGUCAUGACGAAGAUAAUUAUUUUUUUCUAGCAUUUUUAUGAAAACCAAUCAGCUCACUUUGGUCAUUAUUUCUUGUGUAAUAUCGGUUUACAUUUUAAGUAUUAAACAUUUUAUGUAUGUCAUUUGUGUUUUCUGUAUGUAUUCUCACAAUAAAAGAUUGAAUUUUCA